AUGUCCAUCUUGGUUGAGCGGAUCAUGACGCAGACUGAAUACUCCGCAAAUGGAUUGUCAAAGAUGCGACGCCGUCAGUUCAUCAGAACUAUGCUCAAAAAAACUAAGGUGUGUCUGACUUGUAGUCCUGUUGUACUAAGAACGCAGAGGACGUCUCCAAAAUGGUUGAAUCGAACUGUAUGA